AUGAAUCGACCGAUAUCAUGGCUACGCAGCCUCUGGGCUCCAUCCCCCCCGCAGUAUUCCGCGCUUCCCCAGUCUACAACACCCGUGGUCACUGAUCAGCUCCGGUAUCGUUGCUGGAGCCCGCGCGUGCUAUUGCGUCGCCUCCCGUUGCUCAUCCGGAUUGCUCUGGGGAUCCUGCUGGUCGAUAUACUCGGGACGGCGAUAUUCUUCCCCUCAUAUACCCACCUACCACCAUGCUAUGAAUCUCUCAAAGCAGCCGCAUCGUCUUCCAACGCCCCCGGACGAGCUAACCCUCGAAAUGAAACAGUGUACAUCGCCGCCAUCCUCUACGACCGCACCGGCGACCUCGCUGGCGGACAAUGGGGCGCCGCCUUGACAACGCUCAUCCACCUCCUCGGCGAAGAUAACGUCUUCCUCAGCCUCUACGAAAACAACAGCGGCAGCAAAGGCGAAGCAGCCCUGCAGUCCCUCUCCCACCGUAUCCCCUGCAACAAAUCCAUCGUGAUAGACCAACACACCCCCUUCACCACCUUCCCACACACCACGCUCCCCAACGGCGAAUCCCGCAUCAAACGCAUCGACUACCUCGCCGCCCUGCGUAACCGCGCCCUCGACCCCCUCACCAACCACACCACCCACUUCGACAAACUCCUCUACCUCAACGACGUCCUCUUCGACCCACUCGAGGCCGCCCAGCUCCUCUUCUGUACCAACAACAACACCAACACCAACACCAACACCCACACCCAUACCCCAUCCUCCACCUCCUACCGCGCCGCCUGCGCCGUCGAUUUCUCCAACCCCUUCAAGUUCUACGACACCUACGCCACCCGCGACCUACAGGGCUACGGCACCGGCCUCCCCUUCUUCCCGUGGUUCACAACCGCCGGCCGCGGCGAGAGUCGCCGCGACGUGCUCGCCGGUCGGGACGCGGUGCGCGUGCGCAGCUGCUGGGGCGGCAUGGUCGCGUUUGACGCGACGUAUUUCCAGAAACAGGACCCCGUGCGGUUCCGGGCCGACGCCGAGGUCUUCUGGGAUGCGUCGGAGUGCUGUCUCAUCCAUGCGGACAUCCAGGACGGGCACAAGGCUGGGGGUGCGGAGGGUGCGGAUACGGGCGUGUAUAUGAAUCCGUUUGUGCGGGUGGCGUACAGCGCGCGCAGUCUGCGCUGGUUGAAGACAACGCGGCGCUUUGAGCGGCUGUAUCCGUUGGCGCAUGAUGUCCUCAAUCGGAUCGUCGGCUUGCCGUGGUAUAACCCGCGCAGGGGCGAGGUCGCCGGGGAGAAGGUGGAGAGGGAGGUCUGGGUUGCGGAUGGGUCGGUGGGUGGAGGCGCAUUUCGGACGGUGGAGGUGGUUGCUGGGAAGGACGGGUUCUGUGGGCGCAGGGGGAUGGAGGUUGUAGUGGAAGAUAGGAAGCCUGGUCAGGAUGGGUUUGAGCCUGUUCCUGUUCCUGUUCCUGUUCCUGUUUCAUCUUCGCUCCCUUAA